AUGUCGACGAGCCAAGUGGGCGCUUACUCUACUGAAGAGACUGCAGAGCAGGAAGAACCACGGAGAAGUUCCAAAGAGACAGAAGAAACUGAGAACUCAAUGCCUGGAAAUGUGAAGAGUACAAAAAGUCCAGACAAAAGCUUAAGGGGUUCUCUGGAAGCAGAGGAUGCUCUGCCAGCUGAUGAAGUGCAAAUAAAUUCUGGCGAUAAGAGCGAAAAAGACGCCGAAAAAAAUCAUAAGUCGGAGAGUCCACGCAGUUCGCAAGAAAGAACGGAAAAAGCCAAAGAAUCAAGUGAGACAAGCAACGAUGAACAACGGGAUGAAGAGAAGAAUCGAAGAAAAUCUGAUAGUUCCAGAAACUCAAGGCGUAAUAGUGAAAGCAAAACGGAGAAAGGUCUGAGAUAUCAGAUGACCGAUUCAUGGAUAGCAGAGUUUGAAAAAUUUCGCGAAUUUCAACAAAGGUGCUGCAAUCGUAAACCAAAGAGCUGUAUCAGUCCAGCACCAAGUGCAGAGGAUAAUGAUGGGCAGCAAAAUGAUGAUGAAGAGAAUCAGAAUCAAGGGCAAAAUUAUAACACGCAGCAGAAGCCACAAAGUAGCACACAAUUGUCGUUGCACCUUAGUCUGUCCAUGCGCUUGUGGUUAUCCAAUGCGCUGUGGUUAUUGCUGCAAUCCUUGCAUGCCGAGCGUCAGGUGCCCAAGUAA